AUGGCGGACAACUCCUUCCAUGGCUUUAUAGGAGGAGCCGUCGGAGGUGUUGCGGUACUUCUCGUCGGUUUCCCGUUCGACACAGUAAAGGUGCUGCAUCAAACUAGGUCAAAUGGCCGCCUCCCCGACAUACUCUCAGCGAUCUACAGAAGUAAACUUUCUGAUGGUUUAUUAAGAGGCCUUUCGUGGCCACUGUGUUCCAUUCUCUUCACUAACGGAGUGUUCUGGGGAGUCAACAAUGCAGCGCUCAAUCUGUUAAAUCAAGGAUUCACCACAGAAGAUGUCGAGUUUCGACGCCGAUAUAUCGCCGGAUGUAUAGGAAGCUUGGCGGAAAUGACGUUUGUAAUUCCGAUAGAUCAUGUUAAAGUUAUCCUCCAAUCACAAGCAGCAGCAAAGCAGUGGCAGAGGGACCUAACUUAUGAUAAAACAAAAUACUUUCGGGGUCCUGUGGCUGUUGGACAUCACGUGUACAGGCAGCAAGGUUUUCUUGGAUUUUACAAAGGGGCUUCGUUAAUGUUGUGUCGUGAGGUCCCUCUAGGUGGGCUCUUCAUGGUCAACUUCCAUCAGAUAAAACGUCAACUAGAAGAUCGGGGUCUGACCGACUCUCGAGGAUUGGUAGCCGACAGUAUCAGUGGAGGGUUAGCUGGAUGCAUUAACUGGGGCAUAGGAAUGCCGUUUGACGUGAUCAAAAGUCGUUACCAAGGUGAUUUGGUGGGCAAAUACAAAAGUAUAACAGACUGUGCUGUUCAAAGCUUCAAGGCCGAGGGUUUACGAGUGUUUUUCAAAGGAACUCUCGUAACAUUCAUCAGGGCAUUUCCCGUCAAUGCUGCAAACACCUGUAUUGUUUUUCAGACUGUAAAAUUAUUACAAAGACUUGAGGAAUAA